UCACGAAACGUGGGAUAAUAUUUUUUACGGAACCCUUGCGGCCUUUCCACGGAACCCCAGGGUUCCGCGGACCACCAUUCGGGAACCGCUGUCCUAGAUGAUGCCUAUUCACUCAUGCCUUAAAAGCUUAGGGUUGUAUAAAUUCGGAAACAAAAUGAUAUAAAUUGCAUUCAACACACAACGGCAAAAACUAGAAAUAGAAUAGAAUAAAAAUAGAAAAACCUUUACCUAUUUUACACGAAAAUAUUUAAUGAACAAUAAAGAAAAGAAACUUCGUUUGUCAAUCGUAUGAUACAUAUUCUAUUACGAAUAAACCUUUCAUGAUAAUUCAUCGAUAAAACAAAUAUUAUUCACUUCACUCUAAGGAUUAAUACGCAUUUUUGGUAAUACCUACUUAAUUAAUACAUCCACUAGGUCGUUUUUAUUUAGUAGUAGUCUCAAGAGAAGAGAGGUUGAAAAUGGUUUACGAAGUGAAAGAUAAAGUGUUUUUCAUAACUGGGGCUGCUUCUGGAAUAGGGGCGCUUGUGGUUAGAAUCUUAGUCGAAGAAGGUGCUAAGUUCAUCGUAAUAUUUGACGUGAACAAAAAAGACGGAGUUGCACUACGAACAGAGCUAAACUCAAAAUAUGGUGAAAAAGUUAAAUUUAUAAAAGGUGACGUGACUAAUGAAGACCAGUUCAUUGGUAGCCUAAGAUCUGUCAAAGCAGAAAUAGGACUGGACGUGUUGAUCAACAAUGCAGGAAUAAUGAACGAUGGAAUAAAUGCCUAUAGGAAAGAAAUUGAAAUCAAUGUGACAGCGCUUGUUACUGGAACCAUCAAAGCUCUGGAAUUGAUGAGGAAAGAUGAGGGAGGUUCAGGAGGAACUAUCAUCAAUAUAUCAUCGGUAGCGGGACUCUGUCAAGACCCUGUAAUGCCGGUGUACUGGGCUACAAAGAGCGCUGUUUUACAGUUCAGCAACUGUAUAGGACUUAAUGAUUACUACUCAAGGACCGGCGUGCGAGUGAUUGCAUUGUGUUACGGGAAAACCGAAACAGCUCUCAUACAUAAUGUAAACAGCUUCGAUAAACAUAUAGAGAGCACUUUUCCGGAACGUUUCAGCGAAUAUCCCAGUCAACAAGCUGAUGCUGCUGCCAGGGGGUUAGUGGAUGCAUACAAACAGGCCAGCAGUGGAACCACUUGGCUGUCCACGUCUGGCAGACCGGUCGAGGAUAUCAGUGCAGACAUAAAGGAAGCCUACGAUAUUAUGUCUAAACGGAUUUAUGAGUAAACCCUGA